CCCUUGUCCAUGUCUAUGUCCCUGUGUGUGUCCCUGCGCAUCCCGGUGCCCGUUCCAGCCGGGCAGGGCGGGCCGGGCCGGGCCGUGUCCCCGCCGGGCAGGGGGCAGCCACAGGGGCGGCUCCGCCGCUUCCCCGCCGCUUUCGCUUUCGUUUCCCCGCCUGGGCCGCUCGUUCCGGGUCCUUCCCAGAGAGAUCCGUUCCCGGUGGGAUCCUCGUCUCGGUGGGAUCCUCCUCCCGGUGGGAUCCCAGUCCCGUUGGGGUCCCGCCCCGGUGGAGCGGCCAUGGCUGGCAGAGGCACGAGGACAGUUGUCAUCGCCGGGGUCCCCGCUGGCCUCCUGCAGGAUGAGCUGCUGGCUGACCUCCUCACCAUCCACUUCCAAAUGUCGCGGAACAACGGCGGGGACGUGCAGCGCGUCACCUACCCCGCGCGGGACUGGGGAACGGCCUUCGUCACCUUCGAGGAUGCAGGAGUUGUGGAGCGUGUUCUGAAGAAGGAUCAGCACAUCCUGCAGGACAAGAGGCUGCCCAGGCCCUUCCCCCUGACAGUGACCCCCUACUGCCACAACUUCCAGGCCUUCCUCUGUGUCACAUCCACCCUCAACGUGGCUGUUUUCAGAGAUCACUUGGUUUUAGAGGAUUUGGUGGAAGAGAUGAAGCAGCAGAGCCCAGCUUUGAGUUUUGGGCCAUUGCAGCGUGACGGGCAGAUUGCAGUGCAAGGAUCCUUCCCAGCACUGCGAGUGCUGAGAGAUUUCCUCCUGCUGAAGGCAAAGUCCCUCUCAGAGGAGGACAGAAGAGAGGGGAAAUCCCACCAGAAACCGAGGAGGAAGCUGCAGGAGCACAGAGGGGCUGCAGAGAUGAGGAAUUCCACCCGGGAUGCCCACAGGGAAAAACAGGUGCUGGUUCUGGACACGGAUAUCUAUCACUACAUGAAGUGCUUUCAUCCCAGGGCUUUCCAGGGAAAUGCUGUUGUCAUUUCUGGUGUCACCGAUGGUGACAUCACCACGGUGUGCAUUGAGAGUGCUGGCAGCAGGGCUGGUGCUGCACAGGGACUGAAGGCCAAGAAAAUGAUUGAAAGUUACUCGGUGGAGCUGCAGAAGGUUCUGCGUAAGGAAAGGAUCUGCUUCAAGGAGCCCAGCAGGGCUGGGAGGCAGAGGCACAGGCAGCUCUGUGAAAAGCUGAAAGCACGCUACCCCAGGGUGCUGCUCAUCCCUUAUGACACCCACCUGGACCUUGUGGGCACCUCUGCAGACGUUUUUGGGUUCGCAGAGGAGCUGAAGAGGCACUCCAGGUAGGGGUGAGGGUUCCUGUGGGUUGAGUUUCUCAGCCAGACUCUGCCUCUGGCCCUGUGGCACUGCAGGUCUGCUCUGUGGCACUGGGAUGUCACUUUGUCCCACUCACAGGCUGGCAGCUCUGCACAGGAGAGUGACCAAGCCUGGCCCCCCGAACCCCAAAUUAGGGUCAGAACAAAAAAAUCAAUGACUUUUGCAUCUUUCAUGAACUUGGGGAGCUGUUCUGCCCACAAACAGCCACAUUUCCUUUUGGUACCUCAGUGCAUUCUCAUCCCAGCUUGCUCUCACAGAGAACAUGAUGAGAAAAGAGAUUUAUUUUUUUUUUAAGCUGUGUGUGCCAACCAUGUAGGAAACACUGCAGGGAAUUGUGUGGGAGGGUCUGUGAGGAGGUGACUGCAGCAGCAGGAAUGGGGACCUUUUCUGGGCCUUUAUCUGCCUUGAGAAGAGAGCUGGGACACCUGGCAGGGCAAAAUGCACAUGGAAUGGUCAGGCUUGGGAAAGCCUUGAUGAUUGUUCCCUGCAGGAAACAGGCGAGUUUGUUUUCAUAGGAGCAAUAAUGGGGUUUUUCCCAGCUGUAAAGGCUUCUGCAGCAUCUCUUGACAGCUCGUUAUUUAGACAUGAAAGUGUGUCCAGAGAUUUGAUGGGAAAAUGUGGGGGCAUUCAGACUUGGGAAUCAGAUUCUGUUUAUGCAAAUCUGGUUCUGUAUCCAUUACAAGGGCACGAACGGGGGUUUUUUUAAACCAAUUUAGAAAAUAGCUUUUAUUUUGUGAUAUCUGUGUGUUUAGAAUAAUUUCUCAAAACAUCCAGAGCAGCUUUUCUGUCUGAUGUGCAGGGAAAGCUUUAAGGGUUUAUGCCAUUAAAGAAAAGUGUUGUCCAAAA